GGUAUGCACGUCUUCCUGCCCUCCUCGUAGGCUAGUUUGAGUCAGCCGAGGAAGCAAGUGGUACGUCGUUGGGUGAAAGCAACUCCGAGGAUGUCCAAGAAGCAGGACAAGGUGGACAACGGCAUCGUCGCCGUGAAGAGCAAAUUCGACGCCGACAUCAUCAGAUUCUCCAUGAAUCGUAACGAGCCGAUGAGCUAUGAGGACUUUGGGAAGCUGUUGGCGCAACGGCACGACUUGGGGGCGGACUUUAGCUUUUCAAUCUGGUACACGGAUACAGACGGUGAUCCACUUCCCAUCAAUAAUGAUAACAAUCUGGCUAGGGCUCUAGCGAACGCCAAGUGCCUGCUCCGAAUUUUCAUACACAGGAAGGGCGACGGGGCGUGGGAUAAUGGAUACGGUACUAUAAAGCCGAAAAAUUUGAUAUCCAGUAUCUUGGGUGGCACACCAGGAAAGCCAAAAUCUAUAGUUAUUUCAAAUCCACAUGAUUUUAGACAGGUAUCCGCAAUUAUUGAUGUCGACAUACUGCCAGAGACCUGCCGACGUGUGCGGCUAUUGAAACACGGGUCCGAUAAGCCCUUAGGAUUUUAUAUCAAAGAUGGUGAAAGCUUUCGCAUACUGCCACCGUCCGCUGGUGGAGGAAUCGAGAAAGUUCCAGGUGUGUUUAUCAGCAGGUUGGUACCGGGUGGCUUAGCGGAGAGCACGGGACUUCUAGCUGUGAAUGAUGAGGUCCUGGAAGUGAACGGUAUAGAAGUUGCGGGCAAAACGCUUGAUCAGGUGACAGAUAUGAUGAUCGCGAAUUCCUCCAAUCUCAUCAUAACUGUCAAGCCGGCGAAUCAGAGAGCAGCGUUGACAGCACCUCGCCGUGGCUCGUUCUCACGUAACAGCCAGUUGUCAUCAGGAAGUCGUCAGUCGACGCAGAGCGCUGGUAGUGACGAAGAAGCGGACGAGAUCGUCGAUCUUACAGGCAUGACGAUGCAAGAUGACGCCUCGGCGUCGUCUACUCAGCACCACCACUACCACCACCACCAUCAUCAUCACCAAAAUUAUGAUCAGGGUGUACUGCACUUGUAGGGUGCACGUGUCUUAUAUUUACAAACUUUAGAAUAGCAAUGGACUUGUAAAGUAUCGAGAUACAAGCAUAGGAAAACGAUAAAAAUGAUUACGAAAGAAGGAAAGACUGCAUAGUAUUAUGAAUUGUAUGUGACUGAUACUCUUUGAGAUGAUACUUCGCGAAUUCCAGGGUUAAGAGAAAUACUUGUAUCUCGAUACUCUGUUGUCCAUUGCUCUGGGGCGUCGUGUAUUAGACUAUAAGUAUUAUCGCGAAAAAAAAUAUCGAUAUAUAAAUUUUGCUGCCCGACAAAUAACGUUCCAAAAGCAAAAAAGUGGCCUUAUAUGAUAUAUCAUUCCAGCUACUUUAGAAUGAUAGAAAAGAAAAGAAGUGUUCCCUUAUAAGCAGUCACACGCCUAUUCGUGUAUCUACUUCGUCCACUCCACCGCAUGUUUAGACUGUUGAAGUUUUCGAAUUUUAAUUUCAUUUUUAUCUAUGUUAUCUGUUAUCCAAUUGCGGACUAAGGAUUGAAGGGUAAUACUUUUUUAGAACGGUAAGUAUCGAUGGAAACGUCGGGAAUAACGAAUUGUAUUUUCACGUGUGUAAAAUAUUGUUCUUUGCCGUGCCUUCAUCGAAGUGGAAUUAAUAUUUGUUUAGGAAACGAUAUUACAUUCCAAUUAUACUUACAUCAUUGAAAAGAAGGAAGGAGGAAGGAGCGAGAUAACGUUUCUAAGAUAUCUAUACUGCCUUCGUAGUUACACGAGUCCAUUUUAUAUACGCUCAAGCCCACUUUUUCUACUUAAUUCGAAAAGACAUGUACAUAUAUAAAUAUAUACAAAGAUAUAUAUAUUUAUAAUAUUCUAGAUAUUUUUCUAUUGAGUGUAUUUUUUUCGUAAUAUCGCAAAUCUAUCACUUGGACUUCCGCAAUAAGCGCGCUGUUUUUUAACGGGCCAUAUCGUUCCAUUGCCAAAUUAUUAAUCGCAUUAAAUGCGCAUCAAUUCCGCGAUCGCUAAGAUGUACACUUUAUAUAUUUCUUUCUAACUCUGAUGCUUUCAUCUUAGGCCGAAUGUCCAUGCGUCAUAGAUCAUGUAUAAUAUCUAAAAAGGAAUAUCUUUUUGAAAAAGAUGUUUGUGGUAUGCAAAUCGAAAAGGAUAAGAGAGAGAAAGAGUGUGUGUGUGUGUAUGUGUGUGUACUUGAAUGAGAGGAUGAAUUUAAAGGAUUAGUAUUAAUGUAAGAUGAUCAUUGUAAGUUUAAUCUGUACGUAUUUUAUUGCUCGAAGCGAGGAAUCACUUUUGUACUUAACCAAAUAGAGUACGGACUAGAUACGUUUGCAAAAAGUACUUACUCGUCUGUACUGAAUGCUUUAUCGAGCCGUAGUUGUUACUUGGGGAGAUAUCAGUGCUAAAUUAGCAUUCGUGAGACGAAAAAUUAGAUAUAUUUUUAACGCGGUACGUCGCAUUGUGUACUCCUUAGUACGGAUAAGAGAUCGUUGAUAAAUUAUAAGGACGAAAAUACUUAUUAUAAACGCUGUAAUUCUUUUUAACGGCAGCUUAUGAAAUAAAGAUAUUUUAUUGUA